CAAUAACCUCCAUUAAUCACCGAUCGCAAUGGAGGGAGGGGGAAAGAAUAAGAUGCGAUACAACGCAAGCAAGCGCGGUCGAGGCGCUUACAGAAACCCCAAGAUGCAGCGGCAGCGGUUGGAGUUCCAUGAGCAAGCGCUGGAGACAGACAAGGUGAAUGAAAAGGACCAUCCUGCCAUUCACCACUAUCCAGCAGCUCAUGAGGCCAUGGACACACAGAGCUCUGCUUCUUUAUCCUCUUCCUCCGGUUUUUCAUCUUCUUAUUUCACUUUGCAUCCUUCUCAACGAGAGAAUGCAAGACGAGGAAGGUCCGAGGGCAAUUUUCUACACCGGGCAGUCGAGUCUCGCGUCAAUUCACCCGCACCACCUGGCUUCCUCUCCUCUUCUCCUUCAUCCUCUUCACCGUUGGAGGAUUAUUCUACUUUUUCUUCUUCAUACCCAUCUUCGUCCCCUUCGCCUCUCGUUGAUACCUCAGAAGAGCCAGUCCUCAUUGACGGGAAUGCGAAUAUGCUGACUCUGUCUCCUCCUCGCAGCCACAACCCGUCCAUUUCGCGGGGCAGGGGCAGGGGCAGGGGCAAGAGCAGAAGGCGACUCCCCAGGACGGCGGAUACAAGGAUGACAACGACAACGGCAACGA